ACCCUAACCAACUAGUUGAGUAGCCCAGCUGUAUUAUAUACUACAGUAGUGAAGCCCAACCUGCGGCUCUCCAGUUGUUGAAAAACUACAACUCCAAGCAUGCACUGGCAGCCGAAGGUCAUGCUGGGAGUUGUAGUUUUGUGACGGCUGCAAGGCUGUUGCAGUCCACGGGCCACCAUCCACCACUAUAAGUGCCGUCCCUCUGUGUACAGGACUGUGCCGCGCUCAGGGGUGUAGUGACCGUCACCACAGAGGGCGGGACGUUCCUCCCAGCACCGACAUCUGCAGGACGAGGCUGUAGUGUAAAAGGUUACAGAGCUAGAACUUCUGCCCAUAGAGCCGUGCUGACACCUGUGGGCUCCACCCGCCAUGGACUCGGCCACCGCAGGACAGAAGGCAGUCAUUGAUCCCAAAUACAUAACAGAAGAACUGCAAAGAAUUUUCACUGAAGACGGGGAUUCAGAUAAUGAUGUUUUUGAAGGAUUCCCACAGCAAGAGACAGAUGAUCAGGAUGUGAGUGAUCAUAGAGGAGUGCUGUCAGACAUUGGGGAGCAUUCUUUACCACCCAAAAAGAGAAAGUUUGGGCUACGUGUCGCUCUGCAGUUUCCAAGCAAGAAGCCUGCAAAUAAGGAUAAGGAGCCUUCCAGUCCUCUUAAGGUGAAACCUGUCCGAAACAACAGAAAGAAAGUAAAUACCGUAUUGGCUGGAAACAAAAUGGAUGUCGAAUCUGAUGGAGAAAAUGUAUCUAACCAGGAAAACUCAAGUGCGCUUGCCAAAAGAGCAAUGAAUAUUAAGGAAAAUAAGGCAGUGCUGGCUCAACUUCUUUCAGAGCUGAACGCCAUGCCAGAACUGUUCCCAGUAAGAAACACAACUCCUUCUAAGCAGAAAAAGACAAGCCGGCGAUCGUUUUCUGAAACUCCAGGUGAAAGACGCACUAACCCAACACGCAGUGCACGACCAAAAGAGAAUUUUGCAAUCGAGGACUUUACUGCUUCUGCUUUGCAGUUUGCUGAGCAUCUCCAGAAGUAUGGUAAAAAGGCGUUCAGGCGCACCUUGAGUGAUGAAGAACGUGAAGAAAUUCGGAAAAGGAGGGAGUCGUCAAAAAACAACUUUCGUUCUGUUGAAGACAUUACAGAAGAAGAGUUGGACAAUGUCGCAGACACUGUUAAAGACAAAACUUAUGACAAAAUCAUGGGAAGCACUUGUCACCAAUGUCGUCAAAAAACAACGGACACCAAAACUUUUUGUCGCAAUCCUGGUUGUAGUGGCGUCAGAGGACAGUUUUGUGGGCCAUGUUUAAGAAAUCGCUAUGGGGAAGAUGUCCGUGAGGCACUCUUAGACCCUGAUUGGAUUUGUCCCCCUUGUCGUGGCAUCUGUAACUGCAGCUAUUGUCGUAAGAGAGAUGGUCGCUGUGCCACUGGGAUGCUUAUUCACUUGGCAAAGUUUGCUGGUUAUGACAAUGUCAAAGAGUAUCUUGAAAGCUUACAGAAACGAAUAGUGGACGAUGAUGACGACUGAAUCUGCCCCUUCAAAGAAAGAGCUUAAAAUUUAGUUUCUUUUAUAAACUGCAAUGGAAUGUAUUGUGCAGGCUGGCCGUACAAGAAUGCAUAUUGUGGCUUUUGGGCUGGGUUUACAGGACUAGGCUGAAUUGGUUAUACAGCUGACCGCAGCUCAAAGCACUUUGAUAAAAAAAAAAAUGUUUUUUUUAAUUCUUUUAGAUUUUUUUGACAUGUCAGACAAUUUGUUCAGUGAUGACCCAGGUGCUAAAACCUCCCCAAUCGGCUGACUCUUCUCAGAGCACAUCAUUAAAUUUACAGGUUCAUAGAAAGCCUAUAAGAUUUUCUAAGAAUUCAUAUGCGAGCUCUUGCAUCUUAACGCCUUAAAGGGGUACUCCCGUGGAAAACUUGUAUAAUAAAGAGAAAUCCAAAAAAGAAAUGCAUUUCAUAUUUUCUGACUAUACAUGUCGAACAUUCUCGACUGUUUUCCAAGGUCUCACUUUGAUCUCACCUGAUGGUUUGCUUUAUAAUCCCCAAAACCAACUACUUUCAAUGGUGAUGAUAUCACUCAAUUUAUGUAAUUUACAAUUGGCUUAUUUUUGCCUUUCAUUACUGUUCUUAAUUCAGAAUAAUCUUUUCCAUGCCGCUUGACUUAUUUAUAAACCUGAGACCUCCUUUUUUACUGAGAUUUGAUGGUUGGACACGUGAUGAUGAGGCCCCCCUGUGGUCUUCUACUCAAUACCUCUUAUUCUUUCCCCUCAAUACUCUUCCUUCUCCUUUUUUAUUUAUUGUCCUUAUUUUUUACUGUUCUUUUCCUGUUAUGAUUUUUGUAUAACUGUUUCCCUUUGUUAUGGAAAUUUUCAAAAUUGUGAAAAUAAACAAUUAUAAAAAAAAAAAAAAAAAAAAGAAAUGCAUUUCCUCUGAUGUCGUAACCACAGUGCUCUCUGCUGACUUCUGCUGUCCAUUUUAGGAACUGUCCAGAGUAGCAUAUGUUUGCUAUAGUAAUUUAUUCCUGCUAUGGACAGCAGAGGUAAGCAGAGAGCACUAUGGUCAUGACAUCAGAGGAAAUGCAUUUCUUCUUUGGAUUUCUCUUUAGUAUACAGCCGCUAAAAAGUACUGGAAGGAUUAAUAUUUUUUUUAAUAGAAGUGAUUUACAAAUCUGUUAAACUUUCUGGCACCAGUUGAUUAGAAAAAAUGUUUUCCACGGGAGUACCCCUUUAAGGACCGCGCGUUUUUGUUUUUGCACUUUUGUUUUUUCCUCCUUUUUAACUUUUUAAAAAAUCAUAACCCUUUCAAUUCUGCACCUAAAAAUCCAUAUGAUAAAACAAAAAUAUCCCUGGAGGUUUCAGGGCAAACUGAUAGGGGGCAACCCCUUAAAGGUUGUUAUAUAUCGGGGAAAACCCUUUACUAGAACCCCCCCCCCCUUUUUUUUUAAUAUAACCUUUUAUUGGUAUUUUAAAAUUAUACCCCACACAAACGUUUAAAAUUACAGCGGGUUUGAUAUGUUACUAAUUUCUUUAUAACUAAUAUCUGUUAUACACUUAUGAGGGUCCAAAUAUACGCUUAUGUAAUCGUGUGCUUCUUGUCCAACACACGUCAGCUAUUGGUACCCAGUCCCUAUACUUUCAUUAUCCUCCGCUGAUUUAAAACCAAGCAACUACUAGCCUCCCCGACGUUUCGCUGAACGGAUCAGCUUUGUCAAGGGUAGCCUCGGUCCCGAACAGCUGUAGACUGUAGGAGGGUCCCCUACCGUCCUCCUCGCUGUCCGAAUGACUGCUCAGUGCCUGUGAUUCAGGCAUGAGCAGUCAAGCGGCAAAAGCGUUGAUCAAUGCUUUCCUAUGAGAAACCACUGAUCAAUGUAAAAGAACAGUGUGUGCAGUGUUAUAGCCCCAUAUGGGAGCUAUAACAUUGCAAAAAAAAAAAAUUGGAUAAAGAUAAUUUAACCCCUUCCCUAAUAAAGUUUUAGUGACCCCCCCCCCCCUUUUCCCAUAAAAAAAACCUGUAAAUAAACAUGUGGUAUUUCCGCUUUAUAAAAAAUAUAUUAAUUAAACCGCACGGUCAAUGGCGUACGCGCAAAAUAAUUACAAAGUCCGAAAUAGCGUAUUUUUGGUCACUUUUUAUAUCAUGAAAAAAUGAAUAAACAGCGAUCAAUAAGUCCUAUCAAUGCAAAAAUCUUACCGAUAAAAACUUCAGAUCACGGCGCAAAAAAUGAGUCCUCAUGCCGGCCCGUACGUGGAAAAAUAAAGUUAUAGGGGUGACAAUUUUAAACUUAUAAAUAUUCCUGCAUGUAGAUUUUUUUUUUUCCAGAAGUAUGACAAAAUCAAACCUACAUCAGUAGGGUAUCAUUUUUAAUCUUUUAGACCUACAGAAUAAAGUGUCAUUUUUACCGAAGCCCCCAAAAGUUAAAAAAUGGCGAUUUUUCUUCAAUUUUGUCACACAAGGAUUUUUUUUUUCCGUUUCAC